CUCUAUAUAUACACCGAGAGAGACGGAGAGGACGAGGCUCUCUGCACCGACUCUCUCUCACAAACACUCUGAUUCAGUUCUUCCUCCUGUGAAGACGGAGUACAGACAGUCAGACAGUCAGAGAGACAGACAGACAGGUAAACCAGGGUGUCUCUCUGUCUCUCUCCCCUCCUCCUUGCUGAUGAUGGACGACUACAGUCUCCCCUUCUGGAUUUACCUGGGCGUGCUCGCCGUGUUCGUCGGCGGGGCCAUGAAGAAGAUCCUGGUGUCUCACCUGGGUGCCGCCCCCCCCCUGGUGGCGUGGCUGGGCGCCACCGUGCUGGUGGAGCGCCUGUGGGCGUUCUGCCUGCCGGCGGCACUGCUGCUGCUGGCGCUGCUGCUGGGCCUCGCCUGCUGCCUGUACUCCGCCGCCAGGACCGGCCCGACGCACGCCGACGCCGACAUGCACGCUCCGCACGGCAAGGCCGUCCUCAUCACAGGAUGUGACUCUGGUUUUGGGAACGCGACGGCGAAGCAUCUGGACGCUCUUGGCUUCGAGGUGUUCGCCACAGUGUUGGACCUGUCGGGAGACGGAGCCAGAGAUCUGCAGAGGACCUGCUCCCCCCACCUCACCCUCCUCCAGGUGGACAUCACCCAGCCACAGCAGGUCCAACAGGCCCUGCUGGCCACCAAGGCCAAGCUGGGCCUCAAAGGUCUGUGGGGUUUGGUGAACAACGCCGGCGUGUGCGUGAACUUCGGAGACGUCGAGCUUUCGCUGAUGUCAAACUUCCGCGGCUGCAUGGACGUCAACUUCUUCGGCACGCUGAGCGUCACCAAGAGCUUCCUGCCGCUGCUGCGACAGGCCAAAGGUCGCAUCGUCACCAUCUCCAGCCCCGCCGGUGACCAGCCGUUUCCCUGUCUGGCAGCGUACGGAGCAUCUAAAGCAGCUCUCAACCUCCUGAUCAACACUCUGAGACAUGAGCUGGAGCCUUGGGGGGUCCAAGUGUCCACCAUCCUACCGUCCUCCUUCAAGACAGGUCACUCCAGUAACCACGCCCACUGGGAGCGGCAGCACAAGCAGCUGCUGCAGGGUCUUCCCCCGGCGCUACUGGAGGACUACGGCGAGGACUACCUGACGGAGACCAAGGAGCUGUUCCACCGCUACGCCAGUCAGGCCAACCCGGACCUGAGCCCCGUAACGGAGACCAUCGUCCAGGCGCUGCUGUCUCCGAGGCCCCAGGCGCGCUACUUUGCGGGACCCGGCGUCGGCCUCAUGUACUUGAUCCACAGCUACUGCCCCUUCAGCCUCAGCAACCGCUUCCUGCAGAAACUCUUCCUGAAGAAGACGCUAGCACCGCGCGCCCUGAGGAAGCAGUCGGGCUUUGACCUGAACCUCCACAACAACAACAACAAUAACAAUGAGGAGGAGGAGAAGCUCAAGUAGCUGAGAGACAAAGAGGGCCACGUCUGUAACAUGGAGCUGUUUCUUUUUCAAUGUGAUGUUUUUUAAAACUGCUGAAGGGAUCAAAAUGGUUCCUCUUUGUUUUCUGUAAUUGUCUGGCCGCUGUGGCGCCCCCUUGUGGACACACCCAGACGUCAAAGGGGCCCGGGGCCCCGGGGGCCCUUUGAAAGGUAAAACGGUCCACAGGUCGGUCAGAGAACUCUUCACCUCCGUCAGCGAGAUCAGCUGACUUAAUGUGCCUUCAUCAUCCCGAGAAAAAGAAAGAUGGCGUAUCAGCAAGAACCAAUCAAACGCUACUAAAAACUAGAUGCCGUGGAGGCGUCUGAUGAUGUCAUCGCGUCUGAUGAUGUCAUCGCAUCCUCAUACCUCAGUCGAAUGACAAAAAAAAUUUUAAUCUGAAGCAGAGAAGUCAAAAAACAUCAGAAGAAGAAAAAAACGUGAUGUCACGAUGUAAAAGUUUAUUAUCAGAGCUGGAAACAACUUGAAGGAGAACGGAGGUUUUUCUUAUACAAGAUGUUCACAACCAACGAAUUCAAAUCAAUAAAAAUAUGGCGUUAAAUCAAUUAAGAACAUCAAUCAUCAAUAAUCAGGAUUUAAUCAGGAUUCAAUCAGGAUUUAAUCAUGAUAAAGUCAGGAUUUAAUCAGGAUUCAAUCAGCAUUUAAUCAUGAUAAAGUCAGGAUUUAAUCAGGAUUCAAUCAGCAUUUAAUCAUGAUAAAGUCAGGAUAAAAUCAGGAUUCAAUCAGCAUUUAAUCAUGAUAAAGUCAGGAUAAAAUCAGGAUUCAAUCGGCAUUUAAUCAGCAUUUAGUACGAUAAAGUCAGGAUAAAAUCAGGAUUCAAUCAGCAUUUAAUCAUGAUUAAGUCAGGAUUUAAUCAGGAUAAAGUCAGGAUUUAAUCAGGAUUUAAUCAGGAUUCAAUCAGCAUUUAAUCAUGAUAAAGUCAGGAUUUAAUCAGGAUAAAGUCAGGAUUUAAUCAGGAUAAAGUCAGGAUUUAAUCAGGAUAAUGUCAGGAUUUAAUCAGGAUAAAUUCAGGAUUUAAUCAGGAUAAAUUCAGGAUAAAGUCAGGAUUUAAUCAGGAUAAAGUCAGGAUUUAAUCAGGAUAAAGUCAGGAUUUAAUCAGGAUAUGUCAGGAUUUAAUCAGGAUAAUGUCAGGAUUUAAUCAGGAUAUGUCAGGAUUUAAUCGGGAUAAUGUCAGGAUUUAAUCAGGAUAUGUCAGGAUUUAAUCAGGAUAAAGUCAGGAUUUAAUCAGGAUAAAGUCAGGAUUUAAUUAGGAUAAAGUCAGGAUUUAAUCAGGAUAAAGUCAGGAUUUAAUCAGGAUAAAGUCAGGAUUCAAUCAGCAUUUAAUCAGCCUUGAAACGAGCACGCUCAGUACAACUUCAUGUGAUUUAAUAAUUCUGACUUCUCUGAAUAAACAUUUAGACAACAACAAUAUUUAAAGAACAUAUUGAUAAUUAGGAACAUAUAUAUUUAUACUCUGAGUCUGUUUCUUUUCUGCUUCAGAGCGACAGGAACAAGAAUCCUUUCAAAACAAAAGUUAAUUUCAAAUCUGGGUUUUUUUUGUAUGUUUUAUUGUCUCGACCAAAAUAUUUUAAGUUAAUUGUUUGAUUUUCAGAAGAUGCCAAUGACUUCCAGACUUCUAACCUUCAAAAUAAAAGCACAAAUAAUAAAACGUGAGAUUCAAGUGAAGCAGAUAAUUCAGUUAUGUUUUUAUGAUGAAACCUUUUUCUAAAGUUAUUUUCUUUAGCUGUGAAGAAUCCAACAACCUCUCAACUCUGCUCCGAAUCAAACAGGUUUAUUUAUUGUGAAGAGUCGUAAACACAACAACAAACAUUUAUUUGCACUCAAACAUGUUUAUUUUGUUUUUAUUCUGCCCACGUUCUAGUCUUGAUUUAUUUAUGCCGUAUUUUUCUUUUAUCGUGUCUCAAACUGUGAAUUUUGUAAUAAAAGAAUGUAAAAAAAAAAACACAAAUAUGGUGUAAAAUGUUCACUUGCUUCGUUCUUUGAUAGAAAUAAAGUUGACUUUUCCAGAUGUUUAA